AUGUUUUCCACACCACUAAGAAACAGAAUUGAUUACAGCAAUAAUACAUUUGCUGCUUCAACUACACUUCCGGGAAGCACCACAAAUUUGCCAUCAAAUCCUUCAUUGCUUAAUACUACUGGCACUAGCCGCUCUAUUCAACGUCCCGAUGCUCAAAAUAAUGACACUGUAAGGUCAGUUAUGAAUCUCAACUCCAUCUCUUCUUUGGCCGAUAUAAAUGCGACUAAUGCAGCUACUACGACAUCGGCAAACUUAUCUGACGUGAAUGAACACAUUCGUAUUACAGGUUUGGGGUCUAAGAAACCACUAGAACUAGCUAGUGAAUAUAUAGAUCAUCUGCAAAGGCGUGAUGCCAACACACCUAUCUUAGAUGAAAGAUCCUACUACAAUAACGGUGUCAAUUACAAUUUUAGCAGGGAAGCUGGUGGUUUAGGUGCUUUUACUCCUUUUGAAAGACAAAAAGUAAUCAGCAUACCGGAUGAACUUCUUCAAGAAGCCUCAAAGACAGAAAUUAAGAGCGAUAUGGGAAUAUUUCCAGAAAUAAAUAGAUGCUGGAUUAUCAUAGAUAAUAAAUUAGUUUUAUGGAACAUUGAUGACAGCACUGACUACCAAUUCAUUGAAGAGAUCAAGCACACCAUUUUAAAUGUUGCGCUUGUGGAUGUAAAACCAAACACUUUUGUUAGUCACAUCAAACAUUUGUUACUUAUUACCACUCCAUUCGACAUUUAUUUGCUAGCUCUUUCACAUAAUAGAGCUUCAAAUGAAUUAGAAGUCUAUAAUACGGGCAUGACUGUCUCGAUAAAUGGUCUAGGUUCCCUUGAAAUUGCAACGUAUAGACCAACGGGGCAAAUCUUUUUUAUCAGUAAGACUACCGGUUUAAACAUUUGGGAAUUACAAUACACUGGUUCUGAUGAUUGGUUCAAUAGUAAAUGCACGAAAAUUUGCUUGACGCAGUCUGCCUGGUCAAAUUUGUUACCUACCAAUUUGAUUUCUAAAUUGCCCGGUAGUGAUUUAAUUCAAUCAUUGUUUGAGGAAAACUCACAAGAAACACUAAUUCAAAUCAUUAUAGACCAAUCUAGGGGUGUUGUCUACACAUUAUCAUCUAGAUCUAUUGUAAGAGCAUAUUUGAUUUCUGGUAGUAAUCUGGAAGGACCAGUCAUUAUUGAACCAUCAUAUAUCGGUAGAAUCAUUGGUACUACAACGGCUAGAGGUGCCGCUAUUAUGGCAAAGAAAUACUUGAAAAUUUCUAAAAUAAUUCCGGUAUCUCAACAAGAAAACAACAACUUAUUUUUUGUAGCCCUAACAGUUGGUGGUGUUCGUUUAUAUUUCAACGGUUCCAUCGGCAGAUCUAACAUCGAAGCCAUUAGGUUGGAGUCAAUCAAAUUUCCUCCAAGCUCAGUUACUCCUGAAGUCAUGCAACAAGAAUUACAACAACAGCAAAUUGAACAACAAAAGAGGAGCUUGCCAUUCUAUUCAAGUCUAACAUUUAAUGAGUCAAUUUUGUUAAAACUUCAAAAGAAAUCAUCUGUAUUAUUAGAGACGACCAGUGCAAGUACCAUCAUCUCUCCAGGUAUAUUUUUCUCCUCAGUUCUCAAAACACCUCAACAACCAACCAAAGUUAAUGCUACAUUGAAUGCAGCAUCUACUCCUGCUCCAAUUCAACAUCGUCUAUUUGUCAGUGUCCCAGAUUAUGGUAUUUUAAAGAAUCACGGUAAGUACGUGGAGAAUGCAACUUUCUUAGACACUACUUCCCCUGUAAAACAAAUUGUUCCAUUAACUCCUUCUUUUAAUGCAACUGAUAAGCCUUCCGGUUACGCUAAUGCAUUUGCUUCACAAUAUAAUUCUGAAAAUCUUCGUGUAGCUGUUCUCACUAAUAACUCGGUAGAAAUUUACAGAUAUCGUAAUCCAGAUGAAGUUUUUGAAACUUUAAUCGAUAAUCCACUGGCUUUUGUAUUGAAUUAUGGUCUGGCUGAGGCAUGUUCUACUGCUUUAUUUGUCACUUGCAAAUUCAAUAAGUCAGAAGUGUUGAGAUCUAAUGCCUUAACCUUUUUGACCGUCGGUAUUCCGGGCGUUGUUGACAUUAAGCCAAAAUACAACCGUUACUCAGUAUCUACAGUCUCUUCUUUGUUAUCAAAGCCCUCUUUAACCGCCACUCCUCAAAGAUCACUUGUUACCAAAACUGGAACAACAAAUUUCGAUUUAGAUGACGUUAUAUUAUCACCUAGAUUUUAUGGUAUUGGUUUACUGAUAACUAGGCUAUUUAGGGAAGUUUGGAAUAGACAAAUAUUUUCCGUUGACAAGGAUAUCAAGUUUGAUGCUAGGGGACAGGCCUUGAAAGGUUCCUUAAAUGGGAAGAAUGUCCUUUCUGGUAUAUGCAUUUCUAAGGAAGAUGUCGGUUACUAUCUAUCUUCUAUUUUGAUCUUAAAUGAGUUCUUUGCCACAUAUAGUGGAUCAAUUGCUCAGCCAACAGCACCAUUGUUACCAACUGACAAGGCAGUCAAUAAAGCUGAGGAGGUUGCUAGCCAAGCAGAAAGUAUGGCUACAAACUCUCUGAUCAAAUUAGUUGAAUCUAUCAAGGAAGCCCUAUCCUUCUUAAAUGUAUUCUAUGAAGAAAGUGAAGUGGAAGGCUAUGAACAUCAAUAUCUAGCAUUCAAGGAUAUCGUAAAGUUCUUAAAGGUAGAUGUCCAAACUAAACUUUCCAAGCUGACUUUCAAAGAUUUGUUUGCACCAACAGAAGAUACCAAAUCUUUGGUAAGAGAAAUAUUGUUGUCUAUCAUUAAUAGAAAUAUUAACAGGGGUGCUUCUAUUGAAUACACUGCUACAACUUUACAAGAUAGAUGUGGUUCCUUCUGUUCAAGUAGCGACAUUUUAAGUUUCAGAGCCAUCGAACAUUUGAAGAAAGCCAGAGAGAUUGGUUUAAGGGAUAACGAUACAUUAAGCUAUCAUCUUAAUGCAGCUAUCAAACUAUUUGAACGUAUUGUCAAUGACCUAUCAAUGGAAAAACUAAAGGAAGCUAUUGAUGUUAUGAUCAGUCUAAACUACUUCCCAAAAACAAUCGAAUUUUUAUUAAAUAUUGCGAAUGCAAUGGAUAAAGGUAAGUUAGCGUACCAAUAUGUUGCUAACGGUUGUUUAGAAAACGAUGAAAGAAAAAAAUAUUUUGAUAAGAGAGUUGUAGUUUAUGAUCUUGUCUUCGAGACUUUAGUAAAACUUGAUGAAUUGGCCGGUAACAACACAUCUUCGGUGUCAGGUCCUUCUGUCAUUUCAUCUGAUGCUAUUUCGUUAAAGGAUAAAAGUUAUGAGAUUGUUUUGAACUACGAUGACAAACUAUUCCAUUACCAUUUAUACGAUUGGUUGGUAGCUGAGAAGAGUGGAGACAGAUUACUACAACUGGACACUAAGUUCAUUCUUCCUUACUUAAAAGAGAAGGCUAAAGAUUCAUUGAAAAUUUCUAAUCUUCUAUGGGUCUACCAUUCUAGAAAGUCAAACUUUUACCAUGCUGCGGAAAUUCUAUACUCGUUAGCAAUCUCUGAUUUUGAUAUAAAAUUAACUGAUAGAAUUGAAUGUCUAUCUCGUGCAAAUGGUUUCUGUAAUAGUGUGUGUCCUCCAAGUCAAAAACAGGAUAUGGUUCAACUUUCAAGUCUGAUUCAAGAACUUUUCGAUAUAGCUGCUGUCCAAGAUGAUGUGUUGAAUUUAAUCAAAACUGAUAAUAGAAUUGAUGUCAAUAAUAAAGAGGAAUUAUCCAAAGAACUAGAUGGCAAGAUUCUGCCAGUCAGUGACUUAUUUAAUGAUUAUGCAGUUCCACUCGGUUACCAUGAAGUUGCAUUAAAUAUCUUCAAGAUCUCUGAUUUUAGAAACGAAGAAGAAAUUUUAAGUAAAUGGAAUGAACUAUUCGAUUCCCUAAAGAGAGAGCUAAGUGAUAGUAGUAACAUAGAGGACUCCGUGAACUUUGUCAAUUUACUAUCUAACGUUGUUGUCAAAAUUGCAAGAAAUGUCCAUACUUCUGAAUUUGUUUUCCCAAUUUCUGAAUUAUUUCCUCGUAUUUGUAGUAUAGUUCAUGAAGCUCUGCCGACUAGCCAUAUAAAGGAAGGUUCAAUCAUUUCAAUCUUUAUAUCAGCCGGUGUUUCAUUCAGUAAAUUAUACUACGUCUUGAAAGACUUGAUUCAAACUUCGGACAGCGCCAAUGUAAUUUUCUUUAAGAAGGAAAUGACUUGGUUGAUCAAAGAGUGGUACCAAUCUGAUAGAAAGUUGAGGGAUAUUAUUUCCUUUGAUGACAUAUCGAAUUUGAAGGAAUAUUCUGUUGAAAAUGAUCCCUUGGAGAAAUAUACAAAGAAAACAGGGAAUAGUGUAUGA